AUGACAGUCAUCAACAAGCAGCCAGAGGAAAUCCUUCGAACAUGGCUACACAAUGUUGGAUUUGACCUCAAGCAGGCAGCUCGGCCAUUUCACACAAAACUUUACGCGGAGCUCGAAGAAUGGUUCAUUUCCCAAAAUCUUCAGGAGCACCAACUGAGCCACAUUUUGAUCAUCUUACCAGCAAGUACCAGCGCUGCAGAUAAGUGGUAUCCCCAUGCUAGCCACGAGUUAAAACGGUAUCUUGCGCUUCACACCACUUUUCUCCUCUAUGUGGACGAUAAAGUAGAUCAGGACCUCGAACAAAUCCUCCCCGAUCUUCAGAAGAUUUCAUCUGGUGCCUGCAAUGGUCUUCAUGGUAUCAAGUGUGAUGAUCCCGUUGUGAAUUUGUGGUUGGAACUCGUUACUACGGAAACCGGAAAGUUCUAUGGCCCUUAUUCAACUGGGGUCAUUACCAAAGGCUUCAUCGACUUCAUGCUGGGGAACACAGUUGAAACAAUCUUUGCGACAGACCUGGAGCUUCCCGCAAAGUUUGGACGAAGAGCAUCCAAAUUUUUACGCGACAAGACCGGAGCUGGGGAAGUUUACGCCCACUUCAUAUUUCCUGAGCACCUUGCAGCAGAAAAUGGGCACUUGCCAACCUAUAUACCCUUUAUUGCAGGUAUACUGGACAUCAUUGACGAUGUGAAUGAUAUUCUAUCGUUCUUUAAGGAGUCCGUGGUUGGAACCGAGAUGAACACAAACAUCAUGAACAGAGCUCGUACCUCAUGUUGCAGCCCUUAUGAUGUACUGGAGCAGAUUUGCGGGGAAACAGUUGAGGCUAUGUAUAUUUUCAGUAAUGCAGUUGGAGAAAACGGUGUUAUUGGGAAGCUUUGGAAGGACUUUAUUAAUGGCUAUAUUACGUGGCACAUUUGUGAGGACCGGUAUCGGCUGAAGGAAAUUGGAAUCGCGAUGAGCCUCGGACAAGACAGUGUCUCAUAG